AAGAGCAUUUGCAAUUUCCGAACAAAAUCGAACGUACGCUGCGCUUGCGCACGUUAUAGUAUGCUUUUGAAUCCUUUCUUCUCUCGAUCGCCACACAGAUUUCUGGGAUUCGUCCUGUUUAAUUUCUUCAUAAAUCAUCAGCUACAAUGUCUCGCUACGGGAGUGGCGGAGGAGGUGGUGGAGGAGGCGGUGGUGGUGGUGGUAGGUCCUCGGCUGAUAGAGGAUGCAAAGUGUACAUAGGAAACCUUGGAGAAAGUGCCAGCAAGUCUGAACUGGAGAGGGAAUUCAGCCCCUUUGGACCUCUUAAGAGUGUAUGGAUUGCUAGGAAUCCCCCUGGCUUUGCGUUCGUUGAGUAUGAAGAUCCUAGAGAUGCAUCAGAUGCAGUAAAGGACCUGGAUUCAAGAAACAUUUGUGGACAGAGGGCUCGUGUGGAACUAGCAAGUGGGGAUUCAAGAAGGCGAGGCUUCCGUGGGGGUGGAGGUGGUGGUGGAGGAGGAGGUGGUAGUUUCCGAGGGAGCCGUGGCCCACCAAGGGGUGACAGCAAGUGCUACAACUGUGGUGACUACGGUCAUUUUGCUCGAGAGUGUAAUGGAAAGCGCAGCUCUAGUGGUGGUGGAGGUGGAGGUCGCCGCAGAAGUUACUCCAGGUCAAGAUCCCGAUCCCGCUCACCUCUUCCCAAACGAGGUGGAUACAGUCGAAGCAGGAGUCGAAGUCGUUAGAUGUAGACAAGGUCCCAAGAUCAACACCUGUGCUUUAUAUGUAAUGUAAGUUGUCAAGUUGAAAUAAAAACCAGUUCAUUUUCUUCUAACUGGUUGGUUCUUGUGAAGCAGUUAUGAAGAAAAAAACAUCUCGUCAUCCUAUAUUCUACUCGCCACGUCGUCAUCAGAAUAUGAGAUGGGUCUGUACAGUACAUUGCAUUGCUAAGUUUGGCUGAUCUUGUGUCUGCGUGAUGCUGCUUUCACUAUGCGAGAAUCAAGUAUUUUUAAAAAACGUUUUAUGAUUCUUUCAUGCAAGUUGGUAAGACUUUUUUUUGUACACUAUCAUUUAUUAGUAUGUCAGCAUUUUUUUAAAUACCAUGUCUGUAAGUUAUUAUAAUUAUGCUAACAUCCUUAUCCUUUAAAUUAUCGGAAGCUAUAGUACAAACAGGAUUUUAUUUCAAAUCAUAUUUUCAUUAUCCCCUUAUAUCACCAAAUAUUUAAUAAAAGUAACAAAUGAUACACAGAAACGUUUAGAUGUAUACAAAGCUGAUUACAGCCUUUACUCCUCGCAGUUGGGAGUGUGUAUUGUUUAACACAAUAACUUUUGUUUCUGUAUGUACACUGCUUCGUAGUCAUAUGAAAGUGGUAUAAACCAUCUACUCUUUUAGAACAAUAAAAGCAUAAAAAAUAUAAAAAAAUGAUGAAUUUCUUAUUUUUUACUCUUCCUUGCAUAUUGAUUCUUUUCUCUUUUUUCAACGAGGAUGGAUUCAAAGGAUUGAAGUGAAUUUUGAAGACAAUCUAGUACAUGUGUAUGUCUACAAAAUACUACCUAUUGCAGUAUAUAUUAACAACUAUUCAAUCUGUUUUACAUGUGAACUUGUACAUUUUCUUCUACAUGUAUAUAUAAUGUACAUGUACCGGUAUUUAAACUAUUUUAAACACACACAAAAAAACACUCAAAAAUCGUUUUAACACUUUAUCAUUGUGAAAAACUAAUUAUUUUAGUUAUUUAAUUGAUUCAUUGCAUGUCUUGAAAUACUAAUUGGUAAUAUUUAGGAGACCUUUUCGUUAAUAUAACUUAAUGACGUGAAGAUGAUUAUAUUUUUAAUUUUUUCAUGGGAUUCUGUUAUUUUAAAGGACAUUUUUGGGUACUCAUUUACUCAAGAAUAAAAAUAUGAUUUGCAGUGUUGAUGUUUGUAUACUUCCAAAUCAAUUUUUAAACAUUCUUAUGACUAUCACGUUCUUAUUUUCAUAUCUUUUGUUUAGAUUAUAGGAGAAUUUUUGUUAUCAUCCCUCUUAUUUCUCUUUAUUUAGGGUGUUUUAAGUAAGGUGAAGAUUGUAAAGAUGUAGUAAAUGAAGUACUGUUUUGAUCUGUUUUUAUUGUAAAAUUAUUGUUCCUUUUUGUCACAUAAAGACCAAUAAAUUACAGGAUUAUAUCGCUGUCAAAUUACAAAUAUA